AUGACACGUGCUACAUACGCCGGUUUAAGUCUUAUCCGUCGACUACUGGCUAGUGAAGAUAUUCUAGUAACAUUUGUUCGACGUAUAGCAACAAAUAUACAACCUCGAAUUGGUUCUGGACAUAUCGCUUCCUCUAAUGUUUCUAUCCCUCUACCAAAUCUACCAUCAUUUGGUCUUACUGUUCUACCUGUGUAUGUUUCACGUUUACUUAUGUCAACUAAUAGUGGAUCUGGUAAAGCAGAUCUAAUUCCAAUGUUGUUAAAAUACUGUUUGCUGGCAGAUUACCUACCAGACCAUACAGCUUGUGCUGUCAAUAUUCUUGGCUAUUUAGCAGCUUCUAUUAAACCGCAUACAGAUUUAUUGGCUUUACUAACAUCUGAUGAAAAAACACGUAAUCAGUUACUUGGAGCAUUUGCGCAUUUAAUUCAAUGGCCAACAAAUAAUACAACAAUUAAUUCAACCUUCAGUCAUUCGCUUGAUGAUCAAUCUACAAUGCUGCAUUAUUUAGACAAUGAUGGACAUUUUGCCUUUACAGAUGAAUGGUUAUAUGGUGACAGCGAUAAUGAAUUAGCCUUAUUACUACACACUGUUGGCACAUUUUCAGCUCGCCUACCUGCACCAGCAAGUUGUGCCGCACGGCUGGAUGCUGCUUUCCCUAUACAAACAACCAAUUGGUAUUUUCCUAAUCAAGCCUGGGAACGUUGGACAAGUUACAUGCCGUAUACAUACUUUUCUAAUUGGAGUGAUAUACGCAUUACGCAUAAUCGAAUGAUUAGCAGUGAUUAUUAUAGUACGGCAUUUGGGGAUUGGUUCUAUCAAAUUACAAGUAAUUCAAGUUCAGUACCGAUAUCGAUAUCAUUCCAUCAAAUUCUGUUGGCAGUCAUGGAUCAUCCAGCGCCUAAUCUUGUACAUUGGUUGUGUGGUUUUCGUUUUGAUAGUUGUAAAGCUAUUUCACGUUCAAAUCUACAGGAUGCUGGUAUUGCUGAUCAACAAAGAACAUGUUUGCAUAGUAUGCUUGAUUUGUUAGAUACAACCUCGCAUUGGUUACAGUCUACAUCAAGUUUACCGUAUGAAUUUGCUUGUACAUUACACUGGAUUACUGCUUUAAUUUGGCAAAUCCUGUAUAAAUUAGCCUUUGAUUCUCUGACAUCAGAACCAUUUUUACGCUUUCUUCGAAGUAAUCAUGAUUUACUUGGGAAAUAUCUACAGUCAGAUGUUUGUCAUUCAGCAUUCAGUUCAAGUAACAGUGGAAAUAUUUGUGAAAGCUUUACACCUCGUCAGAAAGCAGUACUCGAAGCUUUAUCGUUGAAUCGUAAAAAUUGGAUACUUCGUUUGUAUGCAAUUGAAUUGCGUGUUUGUGCAAUCGCCAACCAACGUUCACAUGUUACUAGAUUACUGAAAUUAUUCUUUGGCGAUCUGCUGUUCGAUAAUUCUCUUCUUCUCCCUAAGGAACAACCUAAGGAAUCCCCGUCUGUUCUGAUCAACUUUAUUCCAUUGCUUAAUGCCUCUGAAGAGUUUAUCAGUGAAUCAAAUCCAUUGGAAUCAAAAAUGUUUGAUCCAAAUCUCAUUCAUGAAGUACUGGCAAAAUCAGAGAUUGCAUGCCCACUUGUCACGUCAGAUUCAAAUGCAGCCAGGUGUUUAUCAAGAAUGAUUCAUUUUAAAAUAUUUCUAAUGAAUUUAUACAUUAAACUAGUCGGACUACGUAAUGAUCUGGAUAAUUAUACCAGUGAUGAUUUAAACAAAUUGUUAAUGUUGACAUUUGAACAAGUAUUCGAUAUUAAUAUAUCGGCGCAUCAUUUAGCCUCAUUGGAAGUGUUCAACUGUACCUCUGCGGCAGCCGCAGCCGCCGCCACCACCACGGCCUCAGCAACAAUACCAAUGCUUAUUAAACAGAUUUCAGCUGUACGUGAAUGGAUUGAUACACGUAAUGUUCAUGGCCUGCUCUUAUAUGCUGGUAAGCAGGCAGCUAUCGAAGGAUGGAGACAAGCAGUGGAAAUUAGUCUGGGCCUAAUGACUGAUCAGUUAGGCUAUGGUGGUGGUGGUGGUACAAAGCAAAUCUCUGGCGGUCAAUCGUUCUCCUCUGUAUCUAGUUAUUUGUAUUCAGAAUUGAUGAGCAGCCAAACACGUGAUGUUGGAUCUAUUAAGAGUAGUAAUGCUAUGGAUAGUAAACCACAACUUCGUCCAAUGCCUGUAUUGUGUAUGGAUGUACUUAUUCUGUUAUUAUCAGAGAUAUGUUCAAUAAAAGAAGUCCCACAGACUAUUCGGCUGUUAGCUAGUGGUACUUCUCUCUCACUAUGCUCAUUUCUACAUUGUCAAUCGGCAGUUAUCUCCGCAAAAUCUAAUAGUUCAUUAUUAGAUUCAACUGGAAUAACUAAAUGCACUUACAAUAGACAGUGGUCACCUUUACUCGUUUCAAUUAUGGAAUUAUUGAUUAAAUCAAUUGUUAGAACUAAAACAUCAACACAACGUAUGCGUGCCAAUUAUUAUGGAAGCCUAUGUUACGUGAUACGUUUUUGUCGUAGUCUGAGUCAGUUGUUAAAAGAAGAUACAACGACAAUUUCUGAUUGUAAAUCAUUAUCUGAAUGCUUCUCAGUUUUCAGUCCCUUUCUUCUUCUUCUUCCUCUGUUACUUCUUCCAUGCCGGAUACUUUACAUUCUGAUAAAAUGA